CUAUAACCAUCCUUUCUCAAUCCAUCACCCACUAGUUGUAGAGCUGCAAUCUUUCCGAAGUGACUACAAUGGACGCCACUGUCCUCGCUUGUGGUUGGACAGCCUUGAGGGCGGCCGAGGUCUGUGCCAACGCUUUGUCUCACACGCUCCAAACAGGAGAGAUUGACGUCAAGUGACUUGUUGCGAAAUGUCCUUCGACUCCCUUGACCGCCCAUGGUGUGGGCAAACAUUAUCACAGCUUGUACCAGCUCGUGGCGCACAGGCAUCGCAAAACUUUGGUCUCGCUUGGCUGUAUCGCUCGGAAGCAGCCGAAACUGGGCCGUCACCUAUUAGGGUGUUUCAGCCCCUUGGGUUCGGGGUACUUCUGACCUUCCAGUGAAACCAAAGGCCAUACAACCUCUGCCUCAUAUUGACAUUGUUCAAACGGCCAUCUCACUCGACUACGCUUUGAUACACAUGGAGCCAGCACAUAUUCCUGCUGAAUCUGCACGUGGAGCCACCCAGCACCCCUUGCUGAGGUUCAUUGACGCUGCUUGCAUGGUUACUGUCCACUCCUGUUUCUGACCAUCAGCGCCAACAUCAUACCCAGACCCAAGGCGGGAAUAUAUCGGUCCAUGCCAGACAUUUUCGCCUUCAGACUACUACAAGUAUCUGAGAUUGGUUUUUUCGGGGUGUCGACAUCCGGCCGGGCUGCGCUUGGGGUCAUGGACAAAAUCUUGAUAUAAGAAAGCAAGAGAUCUCUCUUUCAAAAGCCCAAGGCCGGUCUAUUCUACCAUACACGAUCGUCUCUCCGCCUUCUGAUUCUACUGCCCGCCGCUGGUCGGUCCGCUCUUUUCUUGACGUUCACGAGCUAGUCUCUCUCUUUCCUUGACUCGUUCUCGCAUUCCACUCUUUCACGACCAGUGAAGCAGGUUCUAAGUAUCAGCAUGCAAUUCAAGACGACAACCACAGUUGCGCUAGUCGCUGUAAUCGCUGUGGUCCAGGCCCGGUUUGGACAGGAACAGGUCCCUAUACCGGCCAUCGCAGCUGUUCAGGGCGGAGAUCCCGGCGUGGCUCAAACCAUUGCUGGCGCCGCCAUCAGCGACCUCCUUGCGGGAUCCAACGCAUGUGACAAAUUAAAGCGCGGCGAUCAAAUCAUUUCCGAACUCGGAAAUGGGGCGGAUGCCGUCGCUGCUGCGAUUGGCAUUGUGGCGGCCGAGAAAAACUUCAACCCUUUCACCCAGUCGGUUCCUACAAUCUGCGACGACCCAACUCUGCCAGCCACAGAUGUUCUGCGUGGCAUCACCCCUCUCAUUGACCCGGAUGUCGUUGGGGCGGACGUCGCCAAUGCCUUGUCUGCCCAGACAGUCAAGACGCCCCUGGAUGCCACGGGUAAGAGCGUAGCGGACCUGCUGGCCGAAAAUGGCUUCACCAACUUCACCACCCAAGAUCCUUCCGGCAACACGGGCAAUGAGCCGGCGGCCAACAACGCUGCUACUGGUAGUGGUGGCAAUGGCAAGGCCAGUGGGUCUACUUCCGCCGCGAGCUCGAAUACAGCUGCGGCUAGCAGUGUCGCUGCCAACAGCUCCACUGGUAGUUCCGGCACCAACGCCAAUGGAUGUGCUGCUGCUGCAGACUCGUCCAGCGCCUCGUCCUCUACUUCUUCCACGGCUGCUGCCACAAGUUCUACCGACACAACGACCUCCCCAAACGGAAACGGCGCAUCUACCGACACCAACAAUUCAACAGGUUCAAGCUCAAGCUCAAGCUCAAGCUCAGUGGCAGGAGCCGACUUCGGCAAAUGCGUGCCAACCAUGAAAUUCGAAGGCGGUCUCGGCGGCCGCCCAGCCACCGAGUUUACUUUCCUCCCCAUCGACCCGUUAUGUGCACAGGGCCAGCAGGAGGCAUUGAAUCCGAAUAUCAUCACCAACCGUAUCUGCGACCAAUUGACCAAUGUAUGCGAGGCCAACGACGCAGCCAAGUCCCUAUGCAAGGACGCCCAGUCUCAAAUCCAGGCCCUUGGCACACGAGACAAAUCUACCGCUGAUACUUGGAAUACGUUGUUGGGGUUCCAGGGCGCAGUGACGAAUCCGGACGGGGGCCCGGCUGAACCACCGGCUAAGAUGAGGAUGGUGAGGUCGUAUAGGGCAUGAACCAUGCAUGUCACAGUUGUUCCGAAAAGCCGUCCUUUUUGCGUGUGUGCUGGUGUGGUCAGAAAGGGGCCUUGCGGGGAAUCUUCUCGCCUACCUGAUGCCAGACACUCAAAGAAGAAAUUCGGACCAGACCGCGCAUAAGUCGUCGAGCAUGUUAUUCCAAACCGCGCAAGAUGGGUGCUCCGAGUCCCUACAACUAUAAGCGUCCAGGACAGUCACAAUAAGCCCUGCGUGGAAUGGAACAAAUCCGAGAGCUUACUUCGUACUAGCCAUGUAUUGUUAUGAAAUGAACAUGGAUGAUUUUUGACAAACCA